AAAUGUUGUAUUUGCUGUAGUACUGUCGCUACUUUAUUAAUUUACUUUGGUAUAACAAUAAUAAUAAAUUGAUAUGAAACUGUUAAUAUUUUUUGUUUUUUGCCAGACUAUUAAUUAGAAAUAAAUAAACAGAUAUAAUGGUGUUAGUAGAAGAUGAGCUCAGCGCCAGUUCUUCAGAAGACGAGGGUGGAAAUGAUGGCAGUCACAGAAAUGCAAACAAUGAUGGAGCAAAGCAAAGACAGCAAAACACCAACAAUGCGGACGGAAACUCGAACUCAGAGGAUUAUCCAGAGAUUUUAUUUAAAAUAUUUAUAGAAGCCUCCAAAAAACUAUGCCACCAAAUAAAACGGACAUUCCAUUUAGUUAUGGUAGAUUUGGGAGGUUAUCAAAUAUUUGAUCGCUUUGCACAAUGGUGUGUACAACAUCCUCAAAUGGCGAUUUGCUUAUUAUCGGCUGGUUUGGUGGCAUCGUUACCAGUUUUGCUGUUUGUUGCAUUUGUCUUAUCAACAGUUGCCAUGACCUUUACUGGAUUUUUAGUAUUAGAAGGAACUCUUUUAACCAUCUUAACAAUGAUAAUGAUUGGCCUUUUGGGAGCCAUAGUAAUAGUUUUAUUAUUUUUUGCUCUAGUUGGUGUCGCCACAUAUUUUGGAGUUGCACAUGUCUAUGACAUGUAUGGUAGUACAGAAACACAACGAACAAAUUUAAGAAACGUCAUGCAAAGAAAUGGUCAACAUUUAAACACGCAUCCAGCACCAACUAGAAAUUCUAACCAAAAUUCACAAGAUGAAAAUGUUAUUUAUUAGGGUGUGGAUGGAUAAGAAAUCACGAAUAUUUUGAAUCUUUAGAACAAAUUCUUGCCUUUUUGGUGAUGUAUGUUUACAAACAGAGCUUCGAAUUAACUACUUCAAUUUAAGCUUAAUUCACUAAAAUCUUAAUUCAGAUUAAAAAAUGUCAGCAAAUCAUUCCAUAAAAC